ACGCGGCGACGCCCUAGCACGCACACAGCCGCCGCCAGCGCUCGCCCUUCCGCAGGAGCGCCGCCGCCCAGCGCUCGCCCUUCCGCAGGAGCGCUGCCGCUCGCCGGCAACGAGGCACUGGCAAGAGGGAGCGCCGACACCCGACACGCUGCAGCACGAGCGCCGCCAGCUGCCGUCCGUCCACCCGCGAUGAACCUCCGGACUGAUUUCUUCCGUGACGAAUCUCCAAACACCUGUGAGACAGCUUUCGCCCACAGGGAGGCCGCAGAGAAGGGUGAGUCCGCGCUGCAGCUACUACAGGAUGCAGACCCAGCUCUCUUCCUCGCCCCGUCCACGGACCUCGCCGCCGCCGCCCGCGCGGCCUCACAGCGCAUCUACUCCUCGCUGGCACCGCUCUCCCCUGCGCAGCCGCCCCCGCUCCCCACCCUCCUUGUGGACGCGGCCUUUGAUGCCGAGCAGAUUUGGUCCCAGAUCGAGCUGCUUGCUCGUCCAAUCCUCCCCCACUUGCGCCGCCAACUCCGUCACCUCGAGCAGCAGCCCCCAUCGCAACCAAAGGCAGCUCUUCCUGUGGAGACGCCUGCUGAUGCUGAGGAGGAGCAGCCAGAGGACAGACAGGAUAGUGAAAUGGAUGGGUUGAAGGAGCUGGAGGAGAUAGAUGACAAUGAUGAUUUGGGAGACGAUGACGAUUUGGAUGACGGUGAGGAGGAGGAGGAGGAGGAGGAGAGGAUAAGAGGGAAUUUGAAAGGUUUGGAAGACCAGUUCCUGAAGAUAGAUGAGAUGGCGGAGUUUCUGGUUAAGGGGGAUGAAGAGGAGUAUGGCGGCGGUGCCAACCAAGGAGAGAAGAAGGCAACAAAAAACUGGAUGGAGGAGAGUGAUGAUGAGGGUGAGGACAGAGAUGAGGAUGACGAUGAGGAUGAAGAUGAUGAUGAAGGCCAAUUGGAUUUGGAAGAUUUUGAGGAUGACGAUGAAGAGGGCGAAGGAGAAGACAGUGGAGGUAUAAUGUACAAGGAUUUUUUUAUGAAAGGCCAUAACCAGCAAGUCAAUCAGAGAGUUGGUUCCACAAAGAAAGUUCAAUUCAAGGAUGAAGCACACGAAACUGAACUUGGUGGCAGUGAGAUCGAUGAUGGAAAUGAAGAACAGGGUCUCUCAACCCAUGAAAAGGAGCGUCUGAAGAUGCAUGCUAAAAUAGAGCAAAUGGAGAAAGCUAAUCUUGAACCUGGUACUUGGACCAUGCAUGGAGAGGUUACUGCUUCAAGCAGGCCCAAAAACAGCGCCCUAGAAGUGGACCUUGAUUUUGAGCACAAUGUAAGACCUGCCCCAGUAAUCACUGAGGAAAUCACAACUUAUCUUGAAGAGAUGAUAAAGAAAAGAAUUGCAGAGGGUCAUUUUGAUGAUGUUGAGAAGCCUUCUCUCAUUCCAUCUAAAGCUCCCAAGGAGCAUAAGGAACUGGAUGAAAGUAAGAGCAAAAAGGGUCUUGCUGAACUGUAUGAGGAUGAUUAUGCACAAAAAGCAGGCAUUACACCUGCCCCUCUAUCUAUUUCAGAUGAACUAAAGAAAGAGGCAAAUACUUUAUUUAAGAGGAUAUGCUUGAAGUUGGAUGCGCUAUCACAUUUCCACUUUGCUCCAAAGCCGGUCAUCGAAGAUAUGUCUGUACAAGCUAAUGUGCCAGCCUUAGCAAUGGAAGAGAUUGCCCCUGUAGCUGUUUCUGAUGCUGCGAUGCUAGCUCCUGAAGAAAUAUUUGAAGGAAAAGGCGAUAUUAAGGAAGAGGGGGAACUUACACAGGCUGAGCGCAAAAGAAGAAGAGCCAACAAGAAAAGAAGAUAUGCUGGAUCACACUAGGAGGGGCCAGCCAAGUUGCAGAAAGAUUAGACUCAAUGUUUGUGAAGCAAGGACUGCCUGCAUGCCACUGUCUGUCCUAAGUUACCAUAUAUUGAGUUGGAAAGGGGUCCAAGAGCGGUAACUACAGAUUUCCAAUGCUGAUUGUACUCCUUACUAUAGUCUGUGCUUGCUUCUCACAUGGUUACGAAAGUGCAAGCGUUUUGACUUGCUGAGGUGUAAUUGUGAGGUUGCUGGUGGGAGUGUGUUUUGGAGCUCUUUAGGAAGCUGGUAGUGAAAUUUUGGAAAGUAUGCUGAUAGUGAGUGAACUUUCAGAAAGUAAGAUGAUACUGGAAUUUCAGAAAGUUCACAUUACGGUGACUUCGUAGUUUGUACUAAGGGCGUGUUUGCUUGUCUACUAAUUUUGCCACACAUUCUUGAGUAUGGUGGCUAAACGUACUA